GGGGUAAGUGGGAUGAAUGUAUUAGUGGGUAAUACUACGACUACAACUACUAUGUACCUAGUAUCUAACAAAUAUAUCGCAUUGCGAGUUGCUGCACUCGCCUUGAAUCGAAUAGAUAGCUGCCUUCGACUCCUAGGUCAAAUCCGUGCAAUUGAAAUUCAGUUACACUGCUCGCUCUAAAGCCCAGUAUGGCCUGCACGGGUCCGAAUGCCACAAUAUUUGGCCCAAAUGUCUACGUCUUUGACCCGAGUAUGCCGGCGGCGGCGAUACAGGACACGGUCACCGCCAUCUUCAAAAAGAUGGAGUCCAACGAGUUUGGUGCAGAUCGCUAUGCAUUGCUUUUUAAACCUGGCACAUAUAGCAUCAUCUUCGAUGUCGGCUUCUACACGCAAGUUGCGGGCUUGGGGCAGAAUCCAGACGACACCCUGAUUGACGGCGGCGUAAAUGUCCCGGCAUAUUGGAUGCCUCACCGGAACGCGACUUGUAACUUUUGGAGAACCUUUGAGAAUUUCGCGAUAAAUGCGUCUUCUGCAACCAACAACACGACGACGAUAGCCGUGUCACAGGCAGCCCCGAUUCGACGGAUGCAUGUCCGAAGUUCUGGUGGUUUAUGGCUAUUCCAGGUUGACCCUGACACCGGGGCGGGAGGUUGGGCUUCUGGAGGCUUCAUGGCCGAUUCAGUGGUAGAUAAUGUCGUGCUUCCCGGCUCACAGCAGCAAUGGCUAUCGCGGAACAAUAAGUACGGCAGCUGGGCUAAUGGUGUAUGGAACAUGGUAUUUGUAGGCGAUUCGAACGCCCCGAGCCAAAAUAACUUUCCAACAAGCCCCUACACUACCGUCGAGCGGACGCCAGUCAUUCGAGAAAAGCCAUAUCUUUAUAUCACAGCCCAAGAUCAGUAUGAAGUGUUUGUCCCUUCCCUACAGGAAAACACUCAUGGACCGAGCUGGAUCAACGGCAACGCGACACCUGGGAAAUCCAUCUCAAUCGACGAUUUCCUCGUAGCGAAGCCGGCCGAUGUGAGUGCAGCUAGUAUCAACACCGCAUUGGAUUCGGGGAAGCAUAUUCUCUUUACGCCUGGCAUAUACCGACUUGACGAUGCCCUGAGAGUCACCAAAGCAGGCGCUAUUAUUCUUGGCUUAGGCCAACCAUCCCUUGUUCCCAUCAAUGGGCGCCCGGCAAUUUCUGUGGCCGACGUGGAAGGCGUGACGAUAGCGGGGUUAAUAAUCGACGCUGGCGAAGUCAACUCACCUGCCCUUGUCGAGGUUGGGCCUCGGGGCAGCUGUGCGAACCAUGCGGCCAAUCCUACAUUCUUGUAUGACUUGACUGUGCGUACAGCAGGACAUUGCAAAAAUGAUAUAGGAAUAGUCAUUAACAGUCACAAUGUGGUUGGUGAUCAACUAUGGUUGUGGCGCGCCGACCACGGUGAUGGAGCAGGAUGGAAAUUGAAUCCGACCAAAAACGGCGUCGUCGUUCACGGGGACAAUGUAACAAUCUACGGCCUCUUCAAUGAGCAUCAUAAAGAAUAUCAAACGCUCUGGACUGGAAACGGCGGCAGAUUAUACUUUUAUCAAUCGGAAAUCCCUUACGAUCCGCCAAACCAAGAGUCCUGGAUGCGUGGGACGACUAACGGAUUUGCUUCGUACAAAGUAGCAGAUGCAGUAACAAGUCACGAAGCCUGGGGUUUAGGUAUAUACUCGUAUUUUCGCGACUCUCCAACCAAGCUUGAGAAUGCGAUCGAAGUUCCCGAGGGACCAGGCGUCAAGCUGCACCAUUUGACCACGGUAUGGCUGACCGGAACUCCGGGUAGCGAAAUCAGUCAUAUUGUGAAUGGCGUGGGAGGACGAGUCUACGCCAAUACUCCCGAGUCGGCUAUGCGGCAGACCUGGAAAGAAUACCCCGGCGCUCAGUAAUCGCACUGCAUCCGACCAGAAUCCGACCUUAUCGGCCCUCUGCUGUAGUGUGUGUAUGUAGCCGUGAAUGAUCAACCUUGCAUAGAAU